UGGUGACGGUAGAAUAGGCAAUGUGUUGAUAUACUUAGGGACAACAUGUCCAUCAGUGUCACCCUACACACUUACCUGUAACAGAGACACGAGGACACUGGGGAUACAGAUUCCCGCCAACAGCUACAGUCACGGGGACAGAUGGACGUGCGAAGGGGUAAAUAACUACUUCAGUGAGACACCACCCCAGGCAGACACGACCACAGUGGACGUUAUAUUUGGUCCCGGUACUGUUACCCUGUCCCCACCGGACACUACCUACACCAGGACUGAGGGGGACACGUUACCAGACAUCACCUGUACAGCUGACUGUAGACCUGGCUGUACCUUUGUCUGGACAAAACCUGACAACACCAACUUUACUGCCUCCGCUUUGUUGUCACUGGGACAACUGAACAGGUCAGAACGAGGGACGUACAGAUGUUCUGCUAGGAAUGUUGUCGGGGAGUCAACUACAACUGUAACUGUGUCUGUGAUGUACGGUCCUUCCAGUGUGGGGUUGUCACCACCAACUACAUCCUACACUCCUAUAGAGGGACAGACUCUCCCUACCGUCACGUGUUCGUCUGACUGUAACCCAAUCUGUACCUACAGCUGGACAAAGGAUAGACAGCCCCACACAACAGGGUCAGAUCUCCAGCUCACCAACAUAACACCUGGUCAGACGGGCGUGUACAGGUGUACGGCAAGUAACAGAUACGGGAGUCAGACAUCUAGUGACGUCACUGUUACUGUCAAAUACGGUCCCAGUACUGCUACCCUGUCCCCACCGGACACUACCUACACCAGGACUGAGGGGGACACGUUACCGGACAUCACCUGUACAGCUGACUGUAGACCUGACUGUACCUUUGUCUGGACAAAACCUGACAACACAAACUUAACUGCCUCAGCUGUGUUGUCACUGGGACAACUGGGCAGAUCAGAACACGGGACAUACAAAUGUACUGCUGGUAAUAUCUACGGAUCGUCAACUAUAUCAGCUGUAGUUAACGUACAGUUUGGUCCCGGUACUGUUACCCUGUCCCCACCAGACACUACCUACACCAAGACUGAGGGGGACGCGUUACCGGACAUCACCUGUACAGCUGACUGUAGACCUGGCUGUACCUUUGUCUGGACAAGACCUGACAACACCAACUCUACUGCCUCACCUGUGUUGUCACUAGGACAACUGGACAGAUCAGAACGCGGGACGUACAGGUGUACGGCUAGGAAUGUUGUCAGAGAGUUGACCACAAUUACAAGUGUAACCAUAUUAUAUGGUCCUUCAACUGUAAGUUUGACCCCGUCGACUACAUCCUACACUCCUAUAGAGGGACAGACUCUCCCUACCGUCACGUGUUCGUCUGACUGUAACCCAGUCUGUACCUACAGCUGGACAAAGGAUGGACAGCCCCACACAACAGGGUCAGGUCUCCAGCUCACCAACAUACAACGUGGUCGGACGGGCGUGUACAGGUGUACGGCCAGUAACGGUUACGGGAGUCGGACCUCUAGUGACGUCAGUGUCACUGUAAAGGACGGUCCUGGAACUUCUACUUCAAUUUCACCACCGGACACUAACUACACCAGGACUGAGGGGAACACGUUACCUAACAUCAACUGUACUGCUGACUGUAGACCUGGCUGUUCCUUUGUCUGGACAAAACCUGACAACACCAACUUUACUGCCUCGGCUGUGUUGUCACUGGGACAACUGGACAAGUCAGAACACGGGACAUACAGAUGUUCUGCUAGGAAUGUUGUCGGGGAGUCAACUACAACUGUAACUGUGUCUGUGAUGUACGGUCCUUCCAGUGUGGGGUUGUCACCACCAACUACAUCCUACACUUUAACAGAAGGACAGACUCUCCCUACCGUCACGUGUUCGUCUGACUGUAACCCAGUCUGUACCUACAGCUGGACAAAGGAUGGACAGUCCCACACAACAGGGUCAGAUCUCCAGCUCACCAACAUACAACGUGGUCAAACGGGCGUGUACAGGUGUACGGCCAGUAACGGUUACGGGAGUCGGACCUCUAGUGACGUCAGUGUUACUGUAAAGUACGGUCCUGGAACUUCUACUUCAAUUUCACCACCGGACACUACUUACACCUGGACUGAGGGGGACACGUUACCGAACAUCACCUGUACAGCUGACUGUAAACCUGGCUGUACCUUUGUCUGGACCAAACCUGACAACACCAACUUGACUGCCUCCGCUGUGUUGUCACUGGGACAACUGGACAGGUCACAACACGGGACUUACAGAUGCACUGCUAGAAAUAUUGCCGGGGAGUCAACUACAAGUGUUAUCGUUACAGUACAGUUUCCUCCUGAAAUAGACAGCCUUGAGUACAACCAAGGUGACGCUGAUGUGACGGAACACGGAUCCAAGACUCUCAUUUGUAAGGUGGAGAGUGUCCCAUCGUCUACAAUAACAUGGUACUACAAAAACAAUGGCACAAAACUGUUUACCGCCACAGAUGUACUGGAGAGUAACUACACCCUGACUACAGCUGGCUGUCUGGACACAGGAUUGUACACAUGUUCUGCUAGGAACAGUGUAUCUAACACAGCAGUGACCAAGGAUAUAAGGAUCAACGUUUUGUGUUCGCCGCGCCUUGAUCCGAGAGUGUUCACAGACCAAAAGAUGGGGUUGGCUACUCAUGAUAAUCUAACUAUGAAUGCCAUGUUUCUGUCAAACCCGGAACCCUCAUCAUUCAUAUGGACUUUCCAAAACUCUUCAAAUAGUUCUUUUACUGAGCUAAACAACGGGACAGACAACUUUGUUAUACAUAAUACACCUUUUACAUCGAACCUGUCAGCUUUGUCAAUGGGGACACGUACGAACAUGCAAGAGGCCUGGUUUGGAUUAUAUAAUGUAACGGCAAUCAACAGUGAGGGCAAAGGGACACUCACUUUCACAGUUGCUGCUACAGGAAAACCAAACCCCCCGUAUGAAGGUUCAGCUGUAUGUCCAAAUACAAAUAGUGCCAUCUUAAGCUGGAGAUCGGCAUUCAACGGGGGAGAUGACCAGACAUUCGCUGUUGGAAGAAGGCAAAGUGAAAAGGACCACUUUGUUAUUGAUCAAACCCCCCCAAAAAUCCUGGACCCGGGGCAGCACCAAAUCAUCAAUAUAACAGUAUUUGGGCUGACGCCUGGUACACAGCAUUUUUUCACAGUAUAUGCUGUGAACAAUUUUGGGAACUCAACAUUUAAAAAGGACGUAAACUGCACUACAAAAGUUACAGAAUCCUCCCCUGAGAACUCUCCUUUAGGAGCAAUACUUGGCGGAGUGGGUGGAUGUGUGGUUGCUAUCAUUGUUAUAGUUGUUAUAGUUGUCAUCAUUAAAGCGAGGAGAAAGACAUCUGGAAAAAGCACAAGAGAUGAUGAUACUGAGAUGAUUCCAAGGGAUAGAAGAUCCGUCGAAGAUGAUAGUUCAGAUGGCAUGAAACCCAAUAUUCUGUAUGAAUCAUCGGAUGGACUCAAAAACAACAUUCUAUACGAGUCUGUUGAGGCUCAACCAGGAACUUCCUCGGAAUAUGCUGUUGUUCAGAAACCUUCAAAAGGAAAGCCUGGAUCGCCAGACGCAGUUUAUGCUGUUGUGAACAAACCGAAGACUGAACAACUCGAAAACGUUAACGAUGUGUAUGCAGAAGUUAAAAAAACAAAAAACAAAUUAGGGAAAGGAAAACAAAAAGAAGGGAAAAAGAAGCAAAAAGGCAAAGAUGAAAAGAAGAAAACUAAGGGCGGGAAAGGCAACCAAAAUGGUGCAGCUGGAGAUGCAUACGAACAAGUUGACGCUGUCGAUGGAACAGGAGAUAAUAUCUACGCCAAUUGUGAUGGUGGUACAGCAGCUGCUGCGGAUGUGAAUCCUUCACGGAAAAAGAAUAAAGAUGGCCUCAUCUACUUGGACCUCGAAUUCAAAGAUGACAAUCAAAAUGGCAGAAACUUCAUUAUCCAUGGUAUCGAAAACAAAACUGACUACGUAGAUGUCGAUUUCACGAAACAUGCGGAUCCCCUGCCACCAGACAAUGAAGAAGACCAGCAACCAGCGGAAACCAAAAACAACUAAUAUGACCUGUUGUUAGGUCACCUGAGCUUUUAACUCAAGUGACCUAUUGCUAUCCGUCGUCGUCCGUCGUUCGUUAACAUUUUACA